UUGAUGAGUAUUUUAAUAUAUCAUUUGAAUUUCUAGACCAAAUAUAUUUUGAGAUAUUCGAGUUUACUUUAGUAUAGUCGAUUAAUCUCCACCCUAUACUGUAAUUGUUUGGAACAAUUGAAUGUUUCUAUAUUUUAAAUGGUGUCCAAUGUGUGAAUUAAAUAGUGUGACCACUUCCUCGUCAUUAAAAAAAGAACAAAUAGAGAACAAUAGAUACAAUAGAUAUGUAUGUUUAUAAACAAUAAAAAUUACAGAAGUGAUCGAUUCCGGGACUGAAGAUAGAAGUAAUGAAAACCAAUACUUAGCUGAAGACAACGACGAAGAACCUACCGAUGAGAAUGAGAGCAAUGAAUGCAACGAACAAAAUGAUAGCACCGAUGAAAAUGAAGACAACGAAGAAAGUGAAGUGGAAAUGGAAAGGGAGUCCCAUUCAAACGACCAAUCAUUACAACCCCCGGACAGCAACACUGCUGUAGAAUCGAGUUCUGAAACCAAUGCUGCCAUAGAAGACAAUUCGGGUCAACAAUUAAAAGAAAGUGAAGAAAAGAACGAACAAAAUGAACAAUUAGUUAAUAGUAAUGAAUCAAACGAAGAGCAGACCAUAGACUUGAAUGAAAACUCUUUCACUACAGAGGAAAAAUACAAUAUCAACGAUGUUAGCGAUGCUAACGAUGUGAAUGACGUUAUCGAUAAUUUGGGGGCUCAACAAAAUGGUCGCUCAAGAGCUCAUAUCGACGAUAUUCUUCGAGUCUACGAGAUUGGUUCGCAAGAGGAUACAAGUGAACAAAACCUCAUUUUAUCCAUAUAUCGAGAACUUAAAAAACUUUAUGAGUCGUCUGUAAAACCAUUAGAAAUGAUAUAUAAGUACAGACACAUCACCACAAGACUGAUCACUGAUGCCGAAUUGUUUGCCAAACCCAAAGUGCUAUUUCUCGGCGGAAAGUCGAGUGGAAAGACAGCAUUAGUUAAUUAUCUAUUAGGAAUUGAUUCGACUUCUAUGCAACUAAAUUCAGACAACUACACACGUCUGAGUCCGACUGAAUUGUGCGCUGACUUUACUUUUUCUAGUCUUCAACAGUUUGGUCAACAAUUUCUCGAACACUAUAUUCAAGCCAAUAGAAUGCCUAUUAGUUUAUUGCAAAAGAUGACAAUCAUUGAUAGUCCGGGACUUAUGGAUCAAAUAAGCAAAAGUGGGACAAUAGGCCAGCAAGUGAUAGAUACUGAUGUCUACCAGUGGUUUAUCGAUAGAAGUGAUGUCAUAUACAUAGUGAUUGAUGUGACACAAUUGCAACUCUCGCACCAACUAAAGGCAUUAAUUGAACAGUUAAAGGGAAGGGAUGUGAGAUUUAUAUUAAGUAAAUCAGAACUGGUCUCUCAUUCACAAAUCAUAACAAUGAUCGGUCAACUCUUGUGGAUCUUAUCACCGAUCAUGCCAUCGGAAAGACCACCUCAAGUGUAUGCCUUAACCACGGUUCCACAGCAAGUGUACGAUGCAUUCAUCGAUGAUCAGGAGGUUUCGUGGCUAAAAGACCUCUCCAAUCAAAUCAGUGGUAUCUCUAGAGUCGAGUCACGUGUAGCGGCGCUGCGCCGACACGCGGUUCGGGUCCGAAAUCACGCCAAACUCGUCGACUGCUAUUUGUCCACAUUU